AUGAAGUCCCCCCCCCUCACCUCCCUCAUGAAGUCUCUCUCCCGCCUCACCUCCCUCAUGAAGUCUCUCUCCAGCCUCACCUCCCUCAUGAAGUCUCUCUCCAGCCUCACCUCCCUCAUGAAGUCUGUCUCCCGCCUCACCUCCCUCAUGAAGUCUCUCUCCCCCCUCAUCUCCCUCAUGAAGUCCCCCCCUCACCUCCCUAAUGAAGUCUCUCUCCCCCCCAUCUCCCUCAUGAAGUCCCCCCCCCCUCACCUCCCUCAUAAAGUCUCUCUCCCGCCUCACCUCCCUCAUGAAGUCUCUCUCCCGCCUCACCUCCCUCAUGAAGUCUCUCUCCCGCCUCACCUCCCUCAUGAAGUCUCCCUCCCGCCUCACCUCCCUCAUGAAGUCCCCCCCUCACCUCCCUCAUGA